AUGCCAGUUGCAGUUGGCGACUAUCUUCGGGCUUAUUUCACACGCGAGGCGGAGGAACGAUUACGUGAUUCCAUUCCGAAUAAGAUCAGAGAAAUUGACGAUUUGUUGCGCGAAAAUCUUUUUGAUUUGAAUGCUGGAAUCCGGCGUGUAAGGCUCUGUGCUGAGGGAUUGACCACUCAACUCGAAACGGCAAUUGAUGGGUCCAAAAAAGAUGGCUUGGCUCCUUUGCAAUUGCCGAUUGGUACCAAUGAAGUGUUAGAACAAGCCUACACGGCCACGAGGCCGUUUAUUUUACAACUGAUCGAGGAUUCGCAAAUCUUACGAAUGUGGGUGCAACUAAACAUACCUCGAAUUGAGGACGGAAACAACUUCGGUGUAUCCGUGCAAGAAGAGGUGCUCAUGGAAACCAAUAAAGCCGAAAUGGAAGCGAGUACAAUGCUGGAUUUUUUCGGGGACUAUCUUAUGUACCGAGCCAAAGUUGCGAGCAAAAUUUGUAAAUGGCCAACCCUGAGCGAUUAUCGCCGAGCGUUGGCGGACACGGAUGAAGGGGCCUAUAUUCGUCUAAGAAUGAACAUACGAGAUAUCAGAAAUCAUUAUAGUCGCUUGUAUGAUUUGUAUCACAAGAACGCACUCAAACUACGAAUGCCUCGAAACGAGAUGGAAAAUCAAAUCAAUAUCAUGUACUAG